AUGGAAUGUCUGGAAGCGCACACGCGACUGGAGCAAAAGAAGAAGUCGGUGUUGAGACGGCAACAGCGCGAGCUCCAGAAGCAGAAACAGGAUGUGAGGGCUCAGGAGAAGGAGCUGGACAAACUGUCCUUGCGUUGCCUCGAAAUGGAGGAAGAAGAUCGAUUGUCUGUUGCCAUGGAGGCCCUGCAUCGAGACGAAGAGGAACGAAAGAGAAUGGAGAGUCAGGAACUUGACGAGUUGCAAUUGAACAGGUUGAUCUCUGAGACGAGAAAGAAAACAAUCACUCUGGGGCUCUCGGCCUCAACACCUGGUGUAUCGGGUCUGCAACGACUACGUUUGCUUGAAGCUCGCAUCGUAGAGAAGGAGCUUGCGUUGAAGAAAUCCAACGAGGCAAAACUUCGACUGGAUGCACUCCCUGCUAGGCGACACAAACUCACGCAGCUGAUGCAUUCGUUCUUCUCUUCCAGCCUUGGAAAGAAAGUGGAACGCAUCGUUUAUCAGCAGCAUUGGGAUCGUCUCGUGCCGCUAUUCGACGUGGCAACCGCAAGCUAUGGCACGCGGUCCACCGACUUGUUGAACCACGAGAGCGAGAACGGCUUCACACCUGUACUCAUUACAGUAUUUAAAGGGAAACCGAGGGUCUUGAGGCGAUUGCUUGAACUCGGAGCUUCGCCAGACACCGAGACAAAGGCCGGGAUGACUCCUUUGCUAGCUGCUGUAAUGACGGGAGAUGUCGUUGCGCUAAGCAUCCUUGUCGAGUUUAAAGUCGAUUUGAAUCACGAGACAACAAACCAAGUGAAUGCAGUUCUUCUCGCUGCGGACAAAGGUCGAGAAGAGAUACUCAAAGCGUUGCUACAGUAUGGAGCCAAUGUUGAUGGUGUGAACAAGGCCGGGAGAUCGACACUUAUUCAAGCUGCAAUUUCGGGAAAUAUCGAUUUAUUCAAAAUUCUACUAGCGUAUGGAGCGAGAAAGGAACAUCGAGAUCAGGGCGGCAAGGCUGCUUUAGACUGGGCGGUACAGCUCCAUAACUCAGCGAUAGUGUCAGCCUUGAACAGGUUUCUCCCUGGUGCAAACCUGCUGGCGCAACUCAAAGCCGAGGAAGAAGAAGAGGAAGAUGGAGGAGUGCUUAGCUCGUUGUCAACAAACCGAAUUAUGCGGCAGCAGCGGGCGGCAGAGAUGGAUCGGGCUAUGCGGAUGGCAGAUGUAGUCCGGAUACGAAAACUUUUGUCAUCUGACGAGUUUCAGCUCAGCCCAAACUACGAAGAUGCCACUGGAAAUUCCCCGCUGUUAGUGGUUUGCAGUAUCGGAACCUACGCUGAUACUGUGCAAUGUCUAAAGAGCUUUUGUAUUCCCACGCACCAAAAUCGCGAGGGUGUCAAUGCGCUGAUGAUUGCAUGCAAGCGUGGAGAUGUCGCCAUGAUGCAACUACUAAUGACGUAUGGUUGCAAUCUUUUGACUCGAGAUUUCUCUGGUCGUGAUGCCUUGCACUACUUGAACGCGUACGACCACCCGGACCUGGCGAUCGAUUUCACGAAUAAGUACCACAAGUAUCAUCGAGAAAAUAAUCGUGGACUAUUGCUCGGAAGGAUCGUCCCUACCGAUAAUUUCGUCGAGCCUGAGUACACCAUUUCGCUAGUACAAGUAGACAUUUCUGUGGGCCUUGGAAGUGAUAGAGACCUAAGCUGCCGCACCGUUGAAGAGCCUGGCAACGCACAGUUUUCUGAAGAAGAUCUUGUAUGCGAUCCUGUGAUUCGGCAGUGGCGCAUUCAGCAAGAGAAAUUGAAGCGAGAUCGAAAGCGACGACUGCAGUUUGACAAGGAGCGAGAGCGUAUUCUAGCCGCUAGAAGCCGUGGACGUCGGAACGGGUUAAUUGCUCCAUUACCGUCAGUUCCAGCCGGGCGACUGAAGUUGCCUACUUGCGAUAAUUGCCAACAGAGUCGAGCACGGAAGCGAUGUCCGUCAUGUGACCAGGUUUUGUGUGAUAAAUGCCAUACUCGUCUGCAUGAACUGGCUUAUCGACGACACCAUGAGUACGAGGAACUGCACCCUGAGUUGUACGUGGGUCACGAGCUCAAGGAAGUUGCUCUGACAAACCAAGAGAGUUCUCUCCAGAACUCAGUUGUGAGGAGUGUUAACUGCGUUGCUGAAAUGCGAUCUUUGCUACUAGGUGACGGUCUCGUGUCUCCCGUUACUACUAGUAGUAUGCCACGACGCUCUGUUGAUCCCGAGGUUGACAACUAUCAACGCAAGAAACGAAUUGCGAAGGAGAAAGCAAUCUCGCAAAUGCAAGUCAAUGUUCCUGUCGUCGCCGCGAAGCAUGCAGCUCAAGCAGGUGAAGAGACGGUCUUCACGCAACCAGCCGAGCUCGAGCUUGCUGCUCUGUACACAUCACAAAAGAAAUAUGAGAGGGCUAGAGAACUGCUGGGGGAGGUGGAGAAAUUGAUUUUAAACUCAAUGGGAAUCCUUCAUCCGACAAUGCUGAAAGUUGCCAUCGGGAAGGCACGGAUCUCUCAGCAAUGUGUUUGCAUGAUGGAAGAUGCACUGUCACGGUUCGAAAACGCUUUGCCUCUAGAUCACAAGGAUAUUCUCACAGCCACAUCAAUAUUGCUACAAAGCUUGGACGCACUGGAACACUACCACAGGGCAGUAGUAACGUGUCGACGUCAGUUGGACGAGUUCAUUUCGAAGCGGGAAACGGUCGACAUGAGUAAGGAAGACUUGAUCACACUUGACAAGACCGAGCAGGAGCGAAAGCGCGUGAAGCAGCUCGCCAGCGAGAGCGAAAAGCAUCUGGCAAACUUCAGGCGACUGACGAUGGAGGAUCCGGAUGGCCUUGCUGAUUUUGUGUCAUUUGCAAAACAAGAAUUCGCUGAGGAUAUGGUCGGGUUCUGGAUUUCUGUCGAGAAGUUUAAGGGGAAUGGCAUCGACAGCAGGACUCUUCGGUCCCACGCUGUGAAUAUCUACCUUACCUACAUCGAGUCGCGCAGUGUCAAAGUAAUAACGGCAGCGCAACGCAAGAAAAUCAAGAAAGCGAUCACCACCCCAGGCAAAAAGCUCUCGCAAUUAAUCUAUGAUGACGUGCAGGCACAGAUAUUCGAGCUGGUUUACAAAGGUGUGUAUGUGCGAUAUCUCGCCCAAGCGGCGAAUUGA